AUGCACACUCCAAAGCUUAUUUGUUGCUUUGUGCUUAAUGGAAGGGCCUUGAGCUUUUCUUUCUCUCUUUCUUUGCUCUCUUUUCUUUUAGGUUUCCACUCUCUCUCACACACACACUCUGCAAUAAUCUCUCUUCUCUUCUUCAGUCUCUCAACUACUGCCUAACCAAACCUUCCAUUUCCGCAGGCAGUUUCUUAAAUUUGGAGUCUGAUGUCUCCGCCACUGCUGGUUACUGAAGAAGACGAAGGACAGAGCAAUGCCUCGAUGGUAGCAUCUGCAUCUUCACCCUCCUCGGAGUGUUUCACCCUAAAUGAGGCUAGAUUGAAAGAACGCAAUUACCUGGGAUUGUCAGAUUGCUCUUCGGUGGACAGUUCUAUUGUCCCGAGUUUGUCUGAUGAGAAAAAGGAGAAUCUGAAUUUGAAGGCUACUGAGUUGAGGCUUGGACUUCCUGGAUCCCAGUCACCUGAAAGGGAUCCGGAUCUUUUCUCGUUGAGCUCAACGAAACUCGAUGAGAAGCCACUGUUCUCUUUGCUUCCUACAAAGGAUGGAAUCUGCUCACUGUCCCAAAAAACUGUGGUCUCAGGCAACAAAAGAGGUUUUGCUGACACAAUUGACCCAGAGUUUCCUGGCAAUGCAGGGAUAAACAUGAUGCUAUCACCUAAACCUUCUGGAGUUAAGCCUACCACAGUGAAAGAAAUACCAAGCAAGGUAUUACAAGAACAUCCUUCUGCAGCAAAUGGAACUGGUCAUAACCAUACGGGAGCUUCUAUCAGUAGCAGUGCACCGGCUGCUAAGGCGCAAGUUGUUGGUUGGCCUCCUAUAAGAUCAUUUAGGAAAAACUCAUUGGCCACCACUUCAAAGAACAAUGAUGAAGUAGAUGGAAAACCAGGUGCAGCUGCACUCUUUGUGAAGGUCAGCAUGGAUGGGGCUCCCUAUCUGAGGAAGGUAGAUCUAACAAAUUAUACAACGUACCGGGAACUGUCUUCUGCCCUUGAGAAAAUGUUCAGCUGUUUCACUCUAGGUCAAUGUGGUUCCCAUGGAGCUCCAGGAAGAGAAAUGUUGAGUGAGAGCAAGCUGAAGGACCUCCUGCACGGUUCGGAAUAUGUACUCACUUAUGAAGAUAAAGAUGGUGACUGGAUGCUUGUUGGAGAUGUACCAUGGGAUAUGUUCAUCGACACAUGCAAACGACUGAAAAUCAUGAAGGGUUCUGAUGCUAUUGGCUUAGCUCCCAGGGCCAUGGAAAAAUCCAGGAGCAGGUGCUAGUUGGUAUUGGAACUGUUGACUUCGUUUUGUUUACUAAGGUGAAGUUGCUGGAGAUAUUAUGAGGGCGUGGAAAGAGAAAUUAUGAUAUAAAUGACUGAAUGCUGGGUUUUGAUGGUUAACUGCUAUUCAAGAUGUUGUCUAUGAUUACAAGUCCCAGAAUAGUUCCUGGUCUUUUGCUUGUGUUACAUUUGUUUCUACUAUAAUACCCUAUGAAGCUACCUUGAAUAUUAGUAAUUGUGGAGUCUGUAAUCUUUAUAGGAACCUGUUUGUUUGGAUAAGUUGAAUGUAUGUUGCAAUCAGUGUAUUAUUGUUCUCAGUGUUUUGCUA